AUGAACGCGGCGGAGAGCCCGGAACCACGAAAACGGUGUCGGAUCACCCAUUCUCUUUUAAAUCAAAACUCGUUGGUCUUGGGCUCCAUCUGUCCGAAUUCUCUAUUGUUUCUCUCUCGCCUUGUCAUCGACGUAGCUCCGCCAUCACCAUUCACCUGCCGUUACGGAGGCGGCGGCGGUGGAGUCUCUCGAUUCCUCAGUGGAGGUCCUCGAGGUAGACAAAAGGAACCAGAGGAUGAUGAUGCGCUUGAUAUCUUGGCUAUUAGGUCAGCUACUGUCAGGCUUAUUGAUGGGCAACAGAAACUGAAAUUGCUUUGUGUUCCGUUCCCCUUUGAUUUCAGCAAAACAGAACACACACAGAAUCCCCUGUUUCUUGGUUCUGUAGAUCUGGUGAUUCUUUCGCCGGAUGCAGAUCCUCCCGUCGUCAGAAUGAUGGAUUAUAGGUGUGAAUUAUCUUAAAUAUAACGUUGCCUAUAUCAUCAUAUAGAUACGAACAGCAAAAGAGGAAAAAGGAACAGCAGAAGAAGAGUAUAAAUCAUUCUCUCUCUCUCCUUAAGUCACAUUCUGUGGUGUCGUAUUUACAUGAAUGGAUUUGUAGCUUGCGACUGAGAAAAGUAAAAACUUCCGGGACAGAAACUUGUUUAUUGUCUUGGUCCCAAACAAGGAAGUUCUUCGGAAAGCUCAAGAACCACCUUCAAAAAAGAAGAAAAAACCAGCUGAUGAUGAAGUUUCAGCGACGGGACUGCAACUUAAGGAUACAUGAUGCACAAUUGUCUGAAGAUAUAUUAUCUAGUAAUAACAGUGAGUUUGAUAAGUUUCUGUAUAGUUCCUUUUAUUUCCAUGUAUGUGUAACCAUAGAAGUAAAUUAUUUGAAUGAGGAUCUUCCUCAACUUUUGAGCUUAGUCGUAAAGAUUGUAUAACAAGAUCCCAAGACUUAAAAAGAAUUAUGACU